AUGAGUUUUAGAGGCGGUAGCAGAGGAGGCCGUGGAGGUUUUAGAGGAGGCCGUGGAGGAGGCCGUCCAGGUGGCAGACCAAUGCUUCAAGGACCUCCAGACAGUGUGCUGGAGAUGGGUGCAUUUUUGCAUCCUUGUGAAGGUGACAUUGUUUGUCGUUCGAUAAAUACCAAGAUUCCUUAUUUCAAUGCUCCUAUAUACUUAGAGAAUAAGACUCAAGUGGGUAAGGUCGACGAAAUUUUGGGACCACUAAAUGAGGUCUAUUUCACGGUCAAAUGCUCUGAGGGUGUACAAUCGGCAAGUUUCAAAGAAGGUGACAAAUUCUAUAUUGCACCUGACAAGUUAUUACCAAUUGAGAGAUUUAUACCCAAACCAAAGGUCGCAGGCCCACCAAAGCCUAAGAAGAAGAAGUCUUCCAGAGGAGGUGCACCAGGUGGUCGUGGUGGCGCUAGAGGUGGAUUUAGCAGGGGUGGACCUAGAGGAGGCUCCAGAGGAGGAUUCAGCAGAGGAGGCUCUAGAGGAGGCUUUGGUGGUUCUCGUGGCGGAUUCAGCAGAGGUGGCUCCAGAGGUGGAUUUGGAGGGUCUCGUGGAGGUUCCAGGGGUGGAUUUGGUGGUCGCGGCGGAAGAAGGUGA